AUGUCCUUAAAAAAGCCCAAACUCCUACCAAAGCUUCCUAUCGCUCCCCUCGUCUCCAACCUCCAAAGGGGUACCAUAGAACAGCUCACCAGGUUAUUGAUGUAUCAAAACAAAUACAUAGGGCGAAUAACCUAUCUACCUCAAUCUGCUGAAGAGUAUUUCCGCAGAGCUAUAUAUAUCCCUUUUCUAGAUUCAUUAAUAAGUGAUCUCCAGGAUCGCCUGUCUCUUGAUGUACUUAAUUUGUUUCAGCUAAGCGUUUUCAUGCCAAAAAGCGAAUAUAGUAAUGAAGACAUUGAAACUGUUAAACAACUAGCUACCGACUAUACAUUAUUACUAGAUAACACUCCAGUUUCUGUCAUUGUAAAUGAAUAUCGGCUCUGGAUACCGCAGUCAAUUUCUAAUCUUAUAGUCAGUGUAGCGACAUCAUGGGAGACACUCGCCGCUAACCCCGGACCAUCAACGAUGGAGCGCGACUUAGCGCCCAUCUCGGCCACAGCCAAGCAGCAGGCUACGCCAAGCUGUUACAGCUUUGCGGAGCCAGCUUCUCUACAGCCGAGCCGCAGCCGUUCAACGGAUGCUCACAAAAAACGCCACCCGCCUCAUCAGAGACGAAGCCUAACCCCAGCUAGGCCAAAGAAAUCACCAGCGUGCAAUACAACUGCGACGGCAUUCCAGUGCGCUGAAUCAUCGCAUCGCGCCACCGAUGACGUCGCUCACCCGCUCGCCCCGCGCCCCGCGCCGGAGACAUCGCGCCAUUGCACCGAGCCGCGAGCCGUAUGCAAAAUCCCGCGCGACCCGCCCACCCCGCUUCCCUUCCCACAUCGCGCGCCUAAUGUGACGUCAUCGCAUCGCGCCACCGAUGACGCCGCUCACCUGACACCCCAGCGUCGACGAAGAGGUGCUAUUCUUUUCGCCGAGCGCCGUCAAGAGACAAGCAGCGCGGCUUAA